CAAGAUGGCGACAGGCGGGGAGAAAGAUUUUUCGUAUCCUUUCACUGAUACUUUGUCCUCACCUUCGUCUUCUUCUUCCAGAAUAUCUUUUUCAGAAUCUAACAGUACUGAACCUACAAGUAGUUCGGAAGUUGAUGCAAAGGUGGUCUUAGACGAAGGAAUAUACGGCUGGAUCUUGCAUUUAAUCGAGGAAGGGAAAAUCGCUCGAAUUGUCGAUCCUUAUAACUGGAUUUACGAGCUCGAUUGGCAAGAUGCAGUUUGGAAGUACUGGCAUGAGUUUCGCGAAGCAAGGAGAGGUGGAAAUAGCCCCCUUAAAAAAGACAACUUCAACAUCAGAACGGCAAGCAAUGGUUUAAGAGCUGCUCUGCUGAAUUCUUACAAAGAUAAAGGUGCUAAAGAAUAUCCAGAAAAGAAGGUUAUGGAUGAGGAGAACAAAACAAGCAAACGAUGCUUCAAAUUGCCUUCAAAUGUGGUUGAUAAACUUGCAGGAACAGCCUUUGCUAGUCAUGCUGUUUCGAAAGUUAAUGAAACUUCCAGUUCUAAUGUGACUGAUUUUAGAGAGACAUCUGAGUCUAAGUCAGAUGCACAUGGAGGAGAAAACGACAUCAAUGACUCUGCUUCUCAUCUGUCAAGACCACCUCCUAUGGCUUCUAUGGACUUAAAUUCUCUCAGUGUUGAUCCUGAGGAAUCCCAAGUCCUGAUCAAUCACAUACUCUCCCAUGAUGAUGGUAAUCUGCUCAACCCAGAUUUUGGUCUCACUCCAAUGCCUAGUAACGAUGAGGAAUUGUUACCUGUACUUCCUGACUGGGCAAACACAAGCCAGUAUGAUGCAGAGUCCUCUGGUUAUGAAACUGGUAUAGAUGAGAAUCUGGUGAAAGAAAUGGACCCCUGUGAAGGUCCCUAUCAGGGAGGAAAUAUGUCUUUCAUUUUCCUGGAACAGCCCUUGUCUACUCGUUUUCCUGGAGUUAACAGUACCAGCAGGUGCAAGGUGGUGUUCUCUUCACCCAAGCACAGGCCUAUGUCUCCUCGUGUGGUUCAUGCAACAGUGAAAAACUGUUAUACUUUAAAAGUCCGUGUCCCUCGCUGUCCAAGAAUUCCAGGAGAACAGUUGGUGCGUGGGAAGUUGACAGUUAAAGUUGUUGUUAGGACGCAGGAGGAUGCCUACAUUGGCGAAACCAAAUACACCUACAACUCUAACCUGCUGAGGCAGUUUGAACAGUGCGUCAAAGCCUUAGAUGACGAAGAUAUGGAGCUUGACUGUACUGGUUCCCCGGUUGAACACCACGUUACCAUGAGCCUCAGAGAACGAGGUUUUGCCACUGAUCACCAGUUCAACUUCGCUACCCUGAGAGUGCUGGUCUUUGUUGCGGUGAAGGAGAAAGCCUAUAACGUCUUGCUAGCAGUCUUGAAGUGCCCUGUUAUUUCGCAAGUAUUUCAGCGCCAUGCACACAAAUUACUGCCAUUCCUGGAACAAGUGCAGAAAAGAGAGAGACAAACUGACAGAAGUGCGUUGGUCCUUGAAAUGAGCAGAAAGCUUUUAUUGGAAUGCAAUGGCAGCAACGAGUCUCUAAAGCAAUUCAAGGAAAACGCACGAGAGACGACGGACAAGUUAAUUGAAAAUGGCUAUGAGGGGGGCUCAGAACUAGAAACUCAAGAGGUGGAAGUGUCAUUUCAUGAUUGGAAUGAGUCGUCUUCAUCCUUGAAGCGUAAAGAAGAAAAGACGGAGAACGGUAAAAGGUUUGAAACAAGAGAGAUUUUCCGUGAUGAGGAGAACACAAGUCAUACUGAAGUGAGAGACACCCCCGUCCAUUUAACAUGCAGUCUUUCCACAGAGGAAGAUGCAACGAUACAGAGCAAGGAUGAGAGAAAACAAGACAACGAAGAGAUCUCUAAGCCAAAGAUUUUUGUUCUUCGGAAGCCAUGUUCCCCCGUCCCAAUAAGCAGAAGUCGCUCUAGUUUCCCAGAUCCCCGAACGGACAUUUUUAUCGAGUUGCAAGUCCGUAAUGACCAAAGGACCUCUGAAUACAGCGAUAACCAAGAUGGCACUCUUGACAACGUGACAGAGCACGUGAUCGUUAAUAAACAACUCGUGACAGAACACGUGUCAAACACGAAACACCACGUGACUGUGGAUGUGAAGCACAACGGUACUAAACAGACUGCGAGAGACUGGGAGGCAAAGUAUGUAAAACGUGUCAGCGGCAAGCUGGGGUACUGGUUUCGAUUUUACGAACCAAGUUGUGAGCUAUUGCUGAUGUUUACACUUUACGACAAGCCUCAUCCUACCAAGUCAGAGACGAAGUUGAAGGAAGCAGUCCUGGACUACGUUACUAUUGAGGUCGAGACGAUCAGUUGGAAGUUACAUUCCUCAAGGGAGACCAGAGGAGAGAAGGAGCACGAUAAACGCGAGCUUGCACUUACUCGACAGGUUCCCCUUGUGGCCGUAUCGCCCUCACAGACCAAGGUGUGCAUCAUUAUGAACGAGCUGCAUGAAUUAUGCGACAAUGGAGAAUGGGUGAAGUUUGAAGAAGCGUGCGAGAUGCACCAACAUUCGAGCAAUUCUGAUGUCAAGGUUGCAGUUUUGCUGGAGAAAGCCAUUGCAUUUUUGUACCACCGGGAUCUGGAAAAAGCGGAGGCGACAGCUUUGGAGGCUCUCAGGAUUGUUUCCGAAGCUGACAAUCACCAACUCCUCAUAGGACGAGCUUACUACUACCUUGCGCAUGUUUACCGCCGGCAAAAAAAACUUGGAGAAGCAGUGCGGUGCAUUGACUUGUCCAAGCAGAAUCUUCUCCUGAUCGAUGUCUGCCUUGACCAAAGUUUCAUGGCCUACGAAGAAGGAAAUGUCAUGAAGGAGUUCAUCUCUAGUGGAAGCAUUUUGAGGAAGAAGCUUCUUCUCCAAGCUAAGCACUGCUUUGAGCAUUGUCUUGAUCUCAGUCGGCGGCUGGAUGACAGCAGCAACCGGGUGAUUCCUCACACGCACAGUUUCGCCCUCAUCAAGAUGGCCAUGCUUCUUCUCGAUUGCGGGAGCACCUCAGGACGAGAGCGGUGUGUGAGCAAGGAGCACGUUAUGGAAGCGUCAAAGUUCCUUACUCUUUUGCAAAAUAAUGGCCUGGACGACAUAACCGAGAGAAGAAAACUCCAGUUCCUUUUGGCGCGCUCGGAUCUCGACUACCGGCUUUCUAACUACCAGGCAGCAGCAAGUAGUGCCCAUCAAGCUUUGGAGAUGGCGCAGGAGUACGGCUUCCUACUGGAAGAGAUGCCAGCCCGUGAUCGAAUCUACCACAACCGUCAGUUACUUGAAAAGGGAGGAGCUUACGCUUGUCCAGAAAUUUAAGCUGACGUUAAAAAUUGAAUCAAAUAAUUGUUAUUUUCCUGGUUUUACUAAGACGUGUUGCUAUAAAGCAGAACAAAAUUAAUAACCAAAGGCUCUAAAUUAUUCCUAUUAACCCUUUAACUCCCAGAAGUGAUUCACAUGAAACUUCUCCUUACAUACUCAUACAUUAUCCAGCAAACAAGUUAUGAAAAUACUCAAACGUAUCAGGUAGAAGUUUAUGUCCUGAUCGAACACCAAAUUCUUUUAUUUUAUUUCCAAGGAAAUGAGUAGCAGCUAGAGGAGAGAAUUAACAAUCAGAUCUUGGGAGUUAAAGGUUUAAUAGUUUAGGUAAU